AUGUUUAUACGCUCCGUCCUGCUGGGUGGCGCCGCUGCUCUCGGCGCCAGUGCAAUGCUGGUCGUCCCCGAGAUGGAACCCAAAGUCGAUAACAUCGAAGAUGGCUAUAUGAAUAUUCAACCGGUGAUUCUAGAAGACGUUCACCAUGCAGUCGUUGAUCUGCCCUGCACCGAAUGCCCCCUGCGUGAGACCAGCAAGGAAGGGGUUGUCAGUUGGACAGAAGGCAAAGCUUCAUCAUUGAAUCUCGAUUUUUCGAUCCAAGAUAACCUUUUGCUGGCCAACGGCCGUCAAAUUUUCCCGCCGGCUCCGCUUAUCCCCGUCCUUGCAGUCCAACAAAACGAAGAUGGGGAGGACUCCACACCUGUGCCUGUUGGCUAUGCGCUCGAGAUCAUGCCCAUGCCCGCACCAUCUGACGAACCGGGAUAUGAGAUACUGGAUAUUCGAUUCACUGUCCUCGACCUGGAGGCCCACCCGGUCCCUGUCGAUACUGUUGCGAUCACCGUUCUUCAAGAUCCCAACGGCGAGCUCUUCAUCGCCCGGACUGAAAUCGAAAAGACAUCCGCCUCUUCCGACCGCUUGUCCUGGAAAGAGUGCAAUGGCAAGGCCAAAUGUCUCCAGGAACUUCUGGUCGCUCGCAUUCGAAACCUGUUGACCGGCGCAAAGACCCGCGUGAUGGGCAUGGCCAAGCCUGGCCGCAAGGGCUGUCACGGCAAACACAAAGACACUACAAUGGCCCAAUCUGGGUCUGGACACCAUCCCCACGGUCAUGGUUUCGGGUCUGCUCAUCCUCACCAUGGUCACCGAUACCACGGCGCUUUCGCCCGCACUUUCUCUCGCAUUGUACACUUCGUUCUCAUCCCAGCCGUUCUGGGUGUUCUGGCUGGAUUGACUGCUAGUGCUGUUGGUAUGCUGGUUGGUAAGGCUGUGGUCUUCAUCUGGAAACGUUACCGCGGCGCCAAUUCUGCGGAGCCCAGAGCGGCCUGGGAGGAUGGCGAGGCUUGUGAGAAGCAAGGCCUUAUGUCCGUCUCUACUUCCUCCGAGGAUGUCCUUCCCGAGUAUACUGAAGAUUCUCAGGCUCGAGGAUCCCUUGACAAGAAUUAA